AUGCAGGCUCGGGACCAGGUUCGGAUGCAGGUGACGAAGGGUCGGGAAUGGGUGUGUUCGCUACAUCAGGGAAAGGUGACUGUACACGAGAUGAGGAGAGUGACUGGACUUGAGGUGACUGUAGGAGUGGCUGCACGGGAAGCGACUGUGAAGGAGGUGACUGUAUGGGAGGCGAAUGUGCUGCUGGGCAACUACAUCGGCGGGUUCCCCCGCACUCCAUCCUUCAGCCUGCGUCCACCCCGUUCCCCCUCUCCUCACCUCCACCCCAGGCUGGGCAACUACAUCGGCGGGUUCCCCCAUUCAUCCUUUUUCCUUCCCCUCCCCAAAAUCCCUCCGCCCACCCCCAGGCUGGGCAACUACAUCGGCGGGUUCCCCCGGGCGGCGAUGGACCCUCUGCUGGACCUCAUGUUCCUCCCCUCGGGCCUCAACCUCAAUAUAGUGCGAUUCAAUAUAGGCGGCGGCUCCGUCCCUCAAUACAGCCCUCAGCUAUACACUGAUUCUUCCAUGCGCUGGCGGGCCAUGCCGGGGUACUGGCCGGCGCAGGCAGCGGGGUUCAACUGGACGGCGGAUUCGAGGCAGCAGGCGGUGCUGCUGGGAGCCAAGGAUCGCGGGGUGAACGUGUUCGAGGCGUUUUCCAACAGCCCGCCCUGGUGGAUGACCGCGAGUAAAGACGUCUCAGGGGCAAAGAAGGCGUGGAGGACAAACCUGCUGCGGAGGUUCGAGGGGAAGUUUGCCAAAUACCUCGUAAAAGUCGUGGAGGGGUUUGCGAAAAUCCCGGCGCUGGGGAACAUUGAAUUCGAUACGCUGGAGCCGUUUAAUGAAGGGCUGGAGGGACAAUGGGUGGCCGGGAUGGAGCAGGAAGGAUGCAACUUCAACCCACCUGAGAUGAGCAAAGUUCUUCUCAAGACUUGGCUGGCUCUGCGGAGAAGGAAGCUCAAGACAAAGCUGGAUCAACGUGCACGGUUACCCUCUGCCGUUACACAUGUACCUGAACGUGACAACUGGACAGGCUAA